AUGAUUACGUUUCGGUUGAAAUUCUCCGGCUCCGCCAUCUUUAUUUCCCCGUGUUCUUUACGCCGCCGUCUACCGCGUUACGGCAAAGCGAGUCCGUUUGAUAGGUUAAUUUCACUCGUGAGUCUUGAGCCAUACAUUUUGUACAUUUGUAUCAGGAUGUACGAAGAAUACGGAGAUCAGUAUGACACUUACGACGACUAUGCUCCGGUCGAGCAUGUCGAGCCUUAUGACAGGUAUCGCCAACCUGUUCCACAAGCUGUACAGAAGUUUCUCGUCUAUUUCCGUAAUUGCAUCAAUGAUGGUUUGAUCUUCGAGAUCCAAAAUCUUUACGAGAACACUUUCCCAAAAAUUUCUGAACAAUUGUUUGACAAACAAUCUUGGCCGGAAGAAGCGGACAUUGCUCACAUCGUAGAUGACGACCCAGUUUUUCUUAUCCUGUACAAAGAGCUCUAUUAUCGUCAUAUUUACGCUAGAGCUCAAGGUCCUACAUUGGAACAGCGUUUUGGUUCGUUCUACAAUUAUUGCGACCUUUUCAACUAUAUUCUCAAUCCGGAUGAACCUGUGCAGCUCGAAUUACCUGACCAAUGGCUCUGGGAACUCAUUGACGAAUUUGUGUAUCAGUUUCAAUCAUUCUCGCAAUAUCGAGCAAAUUUGACCAACAAAACGGCAGAAGAGAUAGAAAAUCUCAACACCCAUCACAAGAUAUGGGAUGUUCUUUGCGUUCUCAAUGUUCUUCACUAUCUUGUUGACAAAUCGAAGAUCAAAAGCCAGUUGGAGGUCUAUGCCAGUGGUGGGGACCCAGAUUCUGUUGCCGGUGCAUUUGGCAAGCAUUCCUUGUACAAAAUGCUCGGUUACUUUGCGCUCAUUGGUCUUCUAAGACUUCAUUCUCUCCUUGGUGAUUACUAUCAGGCAAUCAAGGUCCUUGAGAAUGUCGAGAUCUACAAAAAAAGUGCGUACUCGCAUGUGCCCGGUUGUCAAAUCUCAACAGCGUACUACGUUGGAUUUGCAUACAUGAUGAUGAGACGGUAUACCGACGCCAUAAGAACCAUUUCCGGUAGUCUUCUGUACAUACAACGUACGAAACAAUUAUUUACGACAAGAAGUUGCCAAAAUGAUCAGAUAAAUAAGCAAACUGAGCAGAUGUAUCAUUUGCUGGCAAUUUGCCUCGUUCUUCAUCCGCAAUGCAUUGAUGAAGGACUUCAACAAGCUCUCAGAGAGAGGAAUUAUCAUGAGAAAAUUUACAAAAUGCAGUACGGUGAUUUGGUCGAAUUCGAAUCCUGCUUCCUCUUUGCUUGCCCUAAAUUUUUGUCCUCCACGCCGCCCGGACCAGAGGCCAAAAAAGAUGAUUACUUCAGAGAAGCUGUGAAACAUCAGACCCAAGUCUUCAUGGACGAAGUUGUUCAACAAAAAAUGCUACCGACCAUCAGAUCUUAUCUCAAACUCUACACCACUCUCCCUCUCAGCAAACUUGCUACUUUUAUGUCUAGCGGAACUAGAACCGAAGACUGGGAUCUCGACAAAGAAGUUUCUGCUCUUAGUAUCCAUCUUUUGUGCUUCAAACACAAAAUGAAAAAUAUCGUUUGGACCAAGGGUGCUUCCGGAUUGGAAGGAAAGUUCCAGUCCGGCUCAGAGCUCGACUUUUACAUCGACCACGAUAUGAUUCAUAUUGCCGAUACGAAAGUGGCUCAUCGUUACGGCGACUUCUUCAUCCGUAAGAUUUUAAAGUUCGAAGAACUCAACCGUAAGCUCCGUCACAUCAAGAUUUAAAGAACCGAUUGAAAAAGAGACCAGCAUUUUGUAAUGAUGUGCGAGAUAUUCAAUAAAAGUCACGGAAAGUGGGAAUUGAAAA